AGAGAACGCUGAACUCUAACCUCUUCUGAGAAUCGAGCGGCAGCCACGUCACCCCGUGAAAGUUGCGGUUCCUGACGUGUACGGGACGGUUUCAGGGUUAGAUACAGCUACAGGCGGCAGGAGAAGGAGCGAACAUGGUGCUGAUGACGAUGAUCGCCCGCGUGGCGGACGGGCUGCCGCUAUCCGCCUCUAUGCAGGAGGAUGAACAGAUGGGGCGUAACUACAUGGAGUACCAGAACCAGGGCAAGAUGCUGUUCAGGAAGCUGAACGAACAGUCUCCACCCAGAUGUAGUAUUGAGUCAGGACCCAUGAUCUUCCACUAUCUGAUAGAGCGAGGUGUGUGCUACCUGGUGCUGUGUGACAAGAGUUACUCCAAGAGGCUGGCGUUCUCGUACCUGGAGGAUCUACAGGGGGAGUUCCAGAUACAGUAUGGGAAGAGAGUGGCAACAGUGUCCAGACCCUACUCCAUGAUUGAGUUUGACACGUAUAUCCAGAAAGCGAAGAAGUCGUACAUGGACUCCAGAGCGAGGCGAAACCUGACACAUCUCAACACAGAGCUGCAGGAUGUGCAAAGGAUCAUGGUCCAGAACAUUGAUGAUGUCCUUCAGAGAGGAGAGGCCUUGUCAGUUCUAGACGACAAGGCCAGUAACCUAGCGGGGUUGUCUCAGAAGUACAGAAAAGACGCCAAGAUGCUGAACCUCAGGUCGACGUAUGCCAAGGUGGCGGCCGGAGCCAUCAUAGUCACCAUCUGUGUCGUGUUCUUCAGAUUCUGGUUAUUCUGAUUCAUGCAGCGCUCGUAGGAAAUAGUGAACAAAAGUUGUACAUGCAGAACUCCUGUAGGAGACAGGGUUUGGGAGGGGGGCUGGGGCCUUGUAUGCAGUUUCUGCCCAUUUUUAAGUGCCAUUCCUACACUACUGUUAUAGUAAUUUUUGUGGAGUUUGUCCAUCCUAUUUUCCCUGCAUUUGAGCUACACGUUUUACAUCACAGUGAUUAUAUCAUUGUGAGCUACAUUGACUUUCAGUCUUCAGUGCUGGUUAUGUUACAUUUGGAGAGACAUUGGGAAUUUAGGAUUGAAAUUCCUAGUUUCUCAAAUUUCUUAGAUUUUAUUUUGUCCUGUUUUCUUUGUACUGUAACAUUUAUUUUAGAAGAUUCAUUUAACCAUUAUACAUUGUAAUUGGAUGACCCCUGAACUAAUACAUGUGCAUGUAUUGUAUAUGUACAUGUAUGUAUUACAAUGUAUAUAGGAAUACCCCCUCCUAGCUAUAGCAGCAUCUAGAUCUGUGCUUUUAGCACACAGAAAUGUAGAGAAUCUAUCUGUGUCUAUUGUGAACACAAAGUCAUUUGAUGAUAUGGACUGUAACUCACUGGCUCACUAUACAAUGUACAAACUGGCAAAAUGUGUUAUAUCUUGUCAUUAUUUCAUCACAUUUAAGGCAUUUUGACAAAGUCUUGUGUAAAGUUAUGUGAAGCAAAAUAAAACAUAGCUCUUCAAUAUGUAAUUUAUUAAUUUGACCAAAUUUUGUCAGUAUUUUUUGUAGUACAAGCGCAGAGAUAUCAGUAAUUUCUUUCAGAAAUGUGCAGAGUGUCAGCAUUGUAGGCAAGAAAAAAUAUGCUACUAAUAAACUGAUACGUAGUUUUAUAUCUUGUAGUAGGUAUUUGCCUAUACAUCUACAUGUAGUUGAAUUUGUUAAUAAUGUACUACAAGGAGGAACAUUUCAUUUUGUUGUACAAGUUUAAAACUGUAGACGGAUCACCCUAAAUAUACAUAUGAUUUUUUUAAUGAAAUACAUGUAAGAUGAUACAAGUAAUUGAUGGCUCAAAAACGUAAUUUAGAAAUCUCUGCAAGUCUUGGCCAGGACUUGGUAGUUGCUCAUCACAUGUAUGUAGCAUAAGUAAUUUAUGUAAUGAAGAAGAGUUUUAGGGGCAGUACACGUGUCUUUGUCAAGUCACAUAUCAGGGUAGCCUAGUUCUGCUAUGUUAUGCUAAGACCACAACUAAGUUUUAUGAAAAACAUCCCUGAACGAAGAAUUGCUUCUGUUGCAAGAAGUGGACAAACAACAGUAAGAAUUUAUACCAUUCAACAGAAAAGUGAAUCUCUUGCUGUAUUUUUUGUACAUAGUUGAAAUUAAACUAAUAAAACAUGUACAUUAAAGAUA